AUGCCGAACGGCCAGAUAAAGGUCGCGGGGCGGGCCUGAGAUCCCAGGUCGUUUGGCUGGGGCGAGAGCCGGGAUGGCGACGCCGCGGCCCUGCGCAGACGCAUCGUGCUGCGCGCAUCCCAGCGCGGUGCUCGGUGUACAGCAGACGCUGGAGGAGAUGGACUUCGAGAGGGGAAUCUGGUCGGCAGCCCUGAAUGGAGACUUGGGCCGAGUGAAACAUUUAAUCCAGAAGGCCGAGGACCCGAGUCAGCCUGACUCGGCUGGCUACACUGCGCUGCACUAUGCCAGCCGCAAUGGGCAUUAUGCUGUGUGCCAGUUUCUGCUGGAAAGCGGAGCUAAUUGUGAUGCUCAGACCCAUGGGGGUGCCACUGCUCUGCACCGAGCCAGCUACUGCGGGCACACUGAAAUUGCACGGCUCCUGCUAUCACAUGGGUCCAACCCCAGGGUGGUGGAUGACGAUGGCAUGACAAGUCUGCAUAAGGCUGCUGAGAGGGGUCACGGAGACAUCUGCUCCCUCCUCCUGCAACACAGUCCAGCCCUGAAGGCCGUCCGGGACCGAAAGGCACGGCUAGCAUGUGACCUGCUGCCCUGCAACAGUGACCUGCAGGACCUGCUAUCCAGCUGAGCCGGCACCCUGCCUCCAGCUGCCUUUCAAGGGUACACAGACCAGUUCUCCAAGCCCCUGCGUUGGUCAGCAUCCAUGCUACUGGGCGGGGAACUGAGGCCAGAUGACCCGGGAAGAGCCCCAGUUUGGUCACUGUGGAAGCGAGGGAGUAGAUUUGGUGUGGCUGAAAGUAUUUAAGCCUGGACAGAUGAUCAUAUUCUAAAUUAGUUCAUAUGAGACAUCUAUUCAUUUGGAAAAAAAUAAAGUUAUAUCCUUAUCUCAUCCCA